CGAAAAUUAGAUGCACGGAAGUAAAUACUUGGAAAUGGCAGAACUGGGAGACAACUGUCUGCUGAACAUUAAAAUUGAUUGAAAAUGUGAAAUUAGCGUAUUAGAGACCAUACAUGUCCCUUUGCUAUCAUGUGAUUACCAAGAUCAUGAGGAUGCACUGGUAUCCACACUAAAAUUUGGAAGAUGAAUUAUAUAAAGAAAAUAGGGUCUGGGAUGCGCCCUUCUGCUGACCAAAAAGACCGUGUACUGGGACUGACACAUCUCAGGAAGUUGUUUGCAGAAUUCAGACACCCAACACGAAAAGCCACACAGGAGGAACAGGAGUACAAGCUGUAUAACAUGAUUCCUCUGUUUGUCAAAGUAUUUGGUGAAGUUCAUUCCAGUGAAAUGACAGAAAAGUUUGGUGAUGUUCUGCAAUUCUGUAGUCAUUUAUCAAAACUGAUGGUCACAGAAAUACGAAGAAGAGCAUCUAAUCAAAGCACAGAGGCAGCCAGUUGUGCUAUUGUUACUUUCCUGGAGAUGGAUUCCUCAGAGACAACAGGAAAUGGUUGGAUGUUAUUGACGGCCUUGAAUCUUCUGUCCUGUGGGAACCAGGCCCUGAUUGACUGUAUGACUGCUGCAUCCCUCCCCUCCACUCUCGUCAAGUGUCUGUACCUCUUCUUUGAUCUGCCCGAAAUAGAGGAACCAGACAAAUGUAAUCCUAACUCCGAAUUCACUGCUGAAGAAAGAAGGAUAUUGUUGCAGAAAGUUUUUGUCCAGAUUUUGGUACACUUGUGUAAACACACCUCCCCAGCUGAGGAACUGGCCCGAAGAGAUGACCUGAGUCUGCUGUUUAGUGCUAUCACCAGCUGGUGUCCACCCCAUAAUGCAAUCUGGAGGAAGUGUGCCGCAGAAGUUCUGAUGACGCUUUCCAGGCAUGGACUGACACAGAAUGUUGUCAGAUACAUUCAUGACAAGGGAUGCCUGAGACAUUGCAUAGAGAACAUGCAGAGAAUACAGGAGUUAUCGCCGUUAGAACUGGUGGACAUGUUUGUGACUGUGUUUUGUUUCCUGAAGGAUUCCAGUGAAGUCUCUCAUAUUCUAUUGGAUGACUUCAGGUCGUGCCAAGGUUACGUGUUCCUAUCAGAGUUCUUACUAAGGUUAGAGAAGGAUGAUGGGGAGGAAUCCCAGCAGGCCCUGAGGAACCUGGUCCUCUUAAUGGGGACACUGACCACCUCAGGCCACUCUGAAAUCAAACCAAGUCAGGCCUGCUCAGGAUCACUCUUCAAAAUGCCAGGUUUCUCUGUCCCACAACCAGCGGGCAAAGAAAUACAAGUAAAUGCAAGCCCUAGUUCCAGUGUGAGUGUCAGAAACAUCCAGGCAUUUCAAGUAUUACAGUCAGUCUUUCUUAAGGCCAAUAGCAGUGUACUGUGCACUGUUAUACUGGACGUGAUCAAUAGUAUCUAUCACCAAGACAACGCAAACUACUUUAUCCUGGAACCUCAGCACACUCUGUCACAAUUCUCUGAAAAAAUCUACACAAAACCAAGCGACGUACAGGAAAAGUUUUUUGAAUUGUUGGAGUUUGUCAUAUUUGAUCUGAAUUUUGUCCCAUGCAAAGAGUUGAUAAGCAUAAGCAUUCUCAUCAAAUCUAACCAAUCAGCUUCUUGUACUGGCCUAUGUUUUAAGACUCUCCAGCGAAUUCUUCAGUUUCACUCAUUGUUCAAAGACGUUUUCCGGGAAGUGGGAAUGCUAGAGGUCAUGGUCACUUGUCUACGUAGAUAUGCAGCUCUGUUUGAAACAGGAGAAGGACAAAUUCAAGAGCCUAUUUCACAAGAACAAAAGGAAGUUGGUUGUUUAGUCAUGGAUUGUCUAACCUUACUUCUUUCAUCCAACCAAAGCAAUGCCAAUGUGUUCCGUGAGUGUGGAGGGGCGCGCUGUGUCCAUGGAAUGGUACAGUACGAGGAAUGCCGGCAGCAGGCCCUCGGUAUUAUACAACAGCUGAUCCUGUCCCCCCAGGGGGAUGACGACAUGGCCACACUGCUGGGACUCAUGCACACCUCCCCAGUACUCUCACUACAACUCAAAACUCAUAUACUCAAGGCCCUGCUGACUGUACUAAGAGAGAGCCACCGAUCAAGAACUGUGUUCAGAAAAGUGAAUGGAUUUGUGUAUGUCAUGUCUCUCCUACUGUCCAUGGAGGGAUGUCUACUGGACCCUCCCAAAGCCCCCUGGGAUUCAGUGGAUAGAACAAGUGUUUUAAGUAUACUCAAAACUGUGUUCAGCACUCUUACCGUAGCCAUGAGAUAUGAACCAGCUAAUGCCAAAUUCUUCGAGACACAGGUGCAAUAUGACAGUCUAACUGAAGCGGUGCGACUGCUGGGAUGUUUUUCUGAGGCUGUAGAUGUUCAGCCUCUCUUUGAUACCAGCACCCCAGAUGAUGAGGUCAAAAGUAAAGAGGAAUCAUUAAAUACAGAGGUGGAUCAAAGCAGAGCUGUGUGGGAGGAUUUCUUCUGGAAAAAUCAGGAUAAUCAGAUUGAAGAUAAAACCCCAGUCCUGUUACAGUCUGCUGCCAUCAUGAUCAAGUUCUUGUACAACAUGGUACUGGAUACAUUUGACAGACCCUCAGCUUGUCUUCAAGUGCAGACAGACUCACCUGCUCUAAAGAGACUGACUAUGGUACAGGAGGAGGAGAAAUCUCAUACGGCCUCCCCCAAACGAGCAAGCACCGGGAGUAUCACCUUCUCUGUAAACAUACAGUGUGACCUUAUUGUGGUACACCCAGGGGCUGUCAUUUCUAUUCUGCAUUUGUUGCCAUCUGUAGAGUUUGAAGGACAGUUAACAACAUCAUUAGGCCUACAGAGCUAUAUAGCUGAGUUGCUGAAGGGAGUCCUGUACACAGAGAGGAACCAGCAGAUCAUGUGUGAUGCGGGGAUGCCCCACCAGCUCCUGACCCUGGGUUAUGUGGCUCUAGCAGAUGAUUCUCACCCCCUACACCCUCCAUUCAGAGCCAUGUUUGAAAGACUGGCAGCUCAGGCAUUGACACCCAGGGAUCUCAGAGAUUUUUUGCGACUUGGAUCACCUUUGAAUUGUCGAUCGGUGGAUGAAAUGUUUGAUAGUCCCAAGAUGAUGGAGAACUCUUGGAGUCAGAACUGGCCAGUCAGUCGAGCAUCAAGUAUUGACGAGCGUAGGACACCAAUACAAGUGGAGAACAAACUGAAAUCAGCCGGGGAAGCUGUUCCCCUGACUCGUGUAAAAUGUCUGGUCUCCAUGACAACACCUAAGGAUGCCAGGAUCAAUGGUUCUGCUGUGACUCCGGCUUUUGUGGAGUUUGAUAUGACAACAGAGGGAUUUGGCUGCCUGUACCUUCCCAGUAUUGCCCCUCAGGGUCCACCCACCCCCUCUGUGGUCAGUGGUGUGGUGGGGGUGGAUUCCACUGUCAUUGGAGGGAUAGGAACAGGGGAGCGGAUAUUUCCACCACAGGCGGGUAUGACUUUCUCCACCUGGUUCUGUGUGGACAAGUUCAGUGUGAUUGCUGAUGCUCAUCCAGUGCGUCUGCUGACCGUUGUCCGAAAUCUGCAAGGACGAGACGAGAACCUUGUCUGUCUGUCUGUCACCCUGUCCUCUAGAGAAAGGUCUCUUAUUGUUUCAACUCAAGAAACUCAUCUACCAAGCUCAGUGACUGGUCUGGAACAUGAACCUGAGCCUGUAUUGAAUGACAAUUGUGUGAGAUUCUGGUGCCCUGAGCUGACACAGGAAGGACAGUGGCACCACCUGGUGUUAAUUUUCCACAGGGCAGGAAUAAUGAAAAACAGCAGUGUCAGCCUGUAUGUGGAUGCUGAGUUAGUUAGUACUCAAAAGCUGCAUUACAUUUCUCCCAAUCUUGGUGGAGGGGGUACAGCGAGUCCUACAGCCUUUACAUCAGUGUACGCCUAUAUUGGCAGCCCUCCCCAGCUACGACGGAACUCUCGUCUGACGUGGAGACAGGGCCCCUGUCAUCUAAUGGAGGACAUUAUAUCUGGUUCUGUGAUCAGCUGUAUAUACAAACUAGGACCUACUUAUGUGGGAAGUUUUCAGUCCACAUGCCUAGAUGAUGUAGAGAUGUCAGGUGCUCUUGUGGCAGAAGAGAAGCUAGUAUUUGGUGUUCAUGCACAUGCUGUGUCCCAAAUGACUAUUCUGCUAAUCAGGAAAAACUACAGCAAAGUAGACAGCAAGUCCAUAGCAAGACAGUUGGCUAUGUCUGCCCAUGACAAUGCUACACCUAUUAGGAUCAUCCACAACUCUGCAGGUCAUCUGAAUGGACCAGCCAGGAGUCUUGGUGCAAUACUCAUAGGAUACCUUGGUGUUCGAACUUUCUGUCCACGUCCCGUUGCCAAAAUGCUAGAGAACAUUGGAGGUGCUUCAGCUUUGUUAGGGUUGGUUGCCAUGGCAUCUGAUGUAGAGGAGUUGUAUGCUGCAGUUAAGGCAUUAGUUUGUGUUGUCAAGAGCAACAAAUCCAUCUUGAAGGACAUGGAAAGGAUAAGUGGCUAUCAGCUGUUGUCCAUGCUGUACAAGAAGAAACAGAAUCUUUUAAACAGUCACAUUUUACACCUGACGUUCUCAUUGAUUGGGACUGUAGACAGUGGCAGGGAAAGCUCUGUCAUCCCCAACAAGAAAGCUUUCCAGGACUUACUGUGCGAACUAGAGGUGUGGCAUCAUGCUCCCUUUGAUCUCCAGAGGUCUUUAUAUGAACACUUCUUUGAGCUUCUCACUGACUCCAGUGAACAGAGCAUUUUCUUCAGUGACCAUUUCAAAAUCGCUAAAAUUGCACUUCUAAAACUGGGACAAUUUACUGUGUCUACUCUUCCCUCCAUGUCGGCCUCAGAGAAGCAGGUGGUGAUAAAUGGGAUCAGCCCUACAGAUGAUGCUGAUGGUGAUAUUGGUUCAUCUAUGUACAAAAUCAAAAUGAGAAACAAUUGUUUGGAAAUUAUACUGGAGUUAUUACAAGAUCCAUCUUCUGGAAGCAAUGUAGUACCAGAGGAAAUUCAGAAGGUGCUUGGCUUUGAUUGGUUGCUUCUCUUUGUUCAGCCACAUGUUCAUCACACCACAGUCAUCACUGCUCUCAGGGUGCUCCUAACGAUUCUACAGAAUCCAGCUUCACUGUUGAAAUUCCGAGAGGGGGCACCAGGAGGGGGCUGGCUGAGUAAUACAGAACCAGUUCUGAAGCAGCAUGUAGGAGUCAUGUUAGGUCUAAACAUAAGUACUAAGAACACUGGACAGAAACGUGAGCUAAAUCAGGAGGUCUGUAAGGUGCCUGGAUUCACAGCAUUACAAUGGCUACUCCCCAAGCACAGUAACAUACCAGAAGUAUACUUCCUAAUGAUGGCACUAUUACUAGGUCAACAUGUAAACAAAUUACCAACUGAUGUGGAGCUGAAUAUUGACAAAGUGUGGACUGUGAUAUUUGGGGUACCAGCCAGUAAACCAGUUUCCAUAGUUGCCAAGGAGAAGCAUGCUGACCUCUGUCCUGAGGCAGCUUUUGUCAUUUUGAGCAUGAUCAGGAGCAUGCUCAAUCAGGACCAGGAGGAAUUGAGUGGAGCGUGGAUACAGGAGUACCCAGUGACGCUGAUGCAGUUCUUUUUGUUUCUGUACCACAACCAGGCAGACUUCAUCCACCUCGCAUCUACCCCAGAGUUCAUCAGCAGCCUAGCUGCCACUCUGUUCCCAUACAACAUUGUGGACCAUGAUGUUACUACACCAACUGAAGAAUUCAAACCAUUCCCAGACACAGAGGGCUUUGUUAGAGUCCGCACUCCAGAAAAAGAAAUACCAAGUCUUUUAACGAGUCACCCUGCCCGUAAGUUUGUGGUGGACUUCCUGCGGACCAUUGUAGUGGACAGCUUCUCCCAGCAAGUCUCCUCCAAAUCAGGCAUCAUACUGGACAUUGUACUAGACGCCUCCCCUGAGACGGCCACCCGGUCCCAGAGACGUGAGUAUCAGACGGAGAUCCUGACCGUUAUCAUGGAGCACCUCCUGGCUGCUGACGUGUUGCUAGGAGACCAGGCUGCUCUACCACUCAUGUCAGGAGGGAAUUACUCCAACAUGGCUAACAAUGUCUUCUACUUCGCCAGUCGCCUGGUGGACAAAGUCUGGCAAAAUGUAUUUACAAGAGAAACAAAGGAGGUUUUUGAAUUCAUCAGCAAACUUAUUGCACAAGCCAAAAGAAAAUCUUCAGGUGUGUCUAUGGAUUUGAUCUACAAGUCACUAAACAGGACCAUUCUGUAUCAGCUGUCACGGCCCAUUAAUAUAGUGUCUGCACAAUUAACAGUAUUAGAUGCUCUACACAAGCUAACCUCUAACAGGACACUAAUAUUUGGUCCUAAGAACUACGAUCCUGAGUUUCUAGUCUGUCUGUGUUACUGCUUACUUCAACUGACUGAGGAUGAUCCAGAGAAAGGCAUGGAAAAUUUACAUGGAGGAAAGGCCUUAAGGACUACCUGGCAUGUAAACAUAGACAAAGAGGAAGCAAAUGGAGAUCUGGAGGCCAAUUUCAGCCAUUUUCUGAAAGGAUCAGGGGUCAUGGAAGGUCAUCAAAAUUUGGUAAAAGCUGCUAAGCGAGUAUGGGAGGAGCUAUAUGCCUGUAAAAAACCAGCUUUGGAAGAGAUCUUUAAAACACAGCUGAAUAACAUUGACACGACCCAUUCUACCUCUGUAUCCUCCCCGGAUAUAAACAGUGUCAGAGGUUUGAUACAAGAGUAUGCCUCUAAGGUGUGGGUGACAUAUGCAGAGAGUGAAAGAAAAUGUCAUGCUACAUAUGCCGAGAGGCUUCCCACUCAGAUACAGUCGACUCUUCAGAAAGUGGGCAGUGGUGUUCUGAGAUUGGCCACAAGAAAAGGGAAGAAAGAGAUGCCUUUGAAAGUGUCCCCAUGUUCUAAUGUCCACAUGACAGAUUUCAUAUCUUGGACUCUGUCCCACAUUUCUAUUGUGAAAGAUCUUGUGGAGCUACAGUAUCAGCAGUAUCUCAAGGCCCAGGAGCACAUGGAGCGCUACCUUCUGGAGGAGUGGACACAGAGGGAGGUGGAUCUACUGAGGGAGAGGGGCCUCUGGGGCCCGACAGUGGGGUCAAGGCUCAGGAAGUGGAUGCUGGACAUGACAGAGGGUCCAAGCCGCAUGUUGAAAAAGAUGAUUCCAAAUGAUUGGUUUUAUGCCCACUACCCGUAUAGGCCAGAUAUGGAGAACAGUCCUCUGAAGUACAAAAUUGCCAUGAGCCAUGACAGUAAGGAGUACUUUGAGAGAUUCCGUUCCCAGACCCUGGUAGAACCUGACGUUCUCCCCAUUAUGAGAGGAGUGGAGGACACCAGUGAAACAGAAAGUGUGGACGAGAAGAUACCAGAUGUUUCAGAUAUAACAAGAAUGACAAAGCUCCUUGGACGUCCCCCUAAGCAGAGACAGGUGGAUGUGGAUGAGGAAUCGGAGGAUCCGUCAUGUGUGGAGAAUCUGACGGAGAUGGAGAAAGAAAACCAGGGGGAGGAGAUACGAGGAGAGGAGGGCAGGGAGGGGCCCACGGAGUCCUCAGGGACCAAAACGGACAAUAACCAAACCAUACUCCGAAUAUUAGGGGAGGGGGAAAAGAUAACAAAUAUAUUUCGGUGUGCGAGGAUACAAGGACUGGACACGGCUGAAGGUCUGUUGUUGUUUGGAAGGGAACAUUUUUAUGUGAUUGAUGGAUUCACUAUGCUGAGGACUCGAGAGAUUCGGGAUAUCGACAGCCUGCCUCCCGAUUUACAUGACCCAAUCAUUCCAAAAGCAUCUAAAGGAAGUGGAACUCAGAAACGCUUAUGCAGUAAGUUUGCAUAUGAGGAUAUUCGUGAAGUCCACAAGAGACGGUACUUGCUUCAACCAAUAGCUGUGGAAGUUUUCUCUGCAGAUGGGAGGAAUUAUCUACUAUCCUUCCCAAGAAAAUUGAGAAACAAAGUGUUUGCAAAGUUCAUGUCUGUUGCCACAGCAAUGACAGAUAGUGCCCUGCAGUCAGUGUCAGGGCAAAAACAGGGGGCCAAAAUAGAAGCGGGAUCUGGUAUUAUAAGUUCUCUAAUGGGAGAAAAGUCUGUCACACAAAGGUGGGAGCGAGGAGAAAUUAACAACUUCCAGUACCUGAUGCACCUGAACACUUUGGCUGGGCGGUCUUACAAUGAUCUGAUGCAGUAUCCAGUGUUUCCAUGGAUUGUUGCUGAUUAUGAUUCUGAGGAAUUAGAUCUGUAUGAUGAAAAGACUUUUAGGGACCUUAGUAAACCUAUGGGGGCUCAAACACCUGGAAGACUACAACAAUUUAAAAAACGUUAUCAGGACUGGGAUGAUCCUCAAGGGGAGACUCCACCCUACCAUUAUGGCACCCAUUACUCAUCAGCCAUGAUUGUAGCUUCUUAUCUAGUCAGAAUGGAACCUUUUACUCAGCACUUCCUGUCCCUUCAGGGAGGACAUUUUGAUCUUGCUGAUAGAAUGUUUCACAGUGUACGAGAAAACUGGUACUCUGCUGCCAAGAACAAUAUGGCUGAUGUCAAGGAACUUAUCCCAGAGUUCUUUUACCUGCCAGAAUUCCUGAAAAACUCCAAUAAUUUUGAUUUAGGGGUCAAACAGAGUGGUGUGGCAUUACAUGAUGUAGUACUUCCUCCUUGGGCCAAAGAUGAUCCCAGGGAGUUCAUCAGGGCACACAGAGAGGCUCUAGAAAGUGACUUUGUGAGUGCCCAUCUUCACGAGUGGAUAGAUCUGAUAUUUGGAUACAAACAGCAAGGGCCAGCAGCUGUGGAGGCCGUCAAUGUCUUCCAUCACCUGUUUUACGAGGGAAACGUAGAUAUCUACAGCAUAGAUGACCCACUCAAGAAAAACGCCACCAUUGGAUUCAUCAACAAUUUUGGCCAGAUUCCAAAACAGCUGUUUAAAAAACCUCAUCCCCAAAAGAAAUUGGCUUUGCGGCUCAAUGAGGCAUUACCCAUGGGUGUUGUUCCUAGUCAAGACAGAUUGUUUUUCCAUAAUGUGGAUAAUCUGAGACCAGCAAAGCAGGCUAUUAAAGACCAUAUGCUUUACAUGAAAGUAAAGUCUGCUGUGGGACAAAUCCUCGUCACAGAUCGAGUUGUCAUGGCGGUAGAACAAAACAAAGUUAUCAUUCCAAACACGUACCAGAAAUACCUAUCCUGGGGAUUCUCGGACCGCAGUGUUCGCAUUGGGACAUAUGAUUCUGAAAAGGUUUCCCAAGUUUUUGAAUGUCUGGACAAUGGAGAAAUUCUGUGUGCCACUUGUCCCAGUGCUAGAACUUAUAUCACAGGGGGAACUAGCUGUGUGGUCAAUGUGUGGGAGAGUAGACAGAAGCGCCUGACCCUGAAGCAGCCUCUGUAUGGACACAUAGAGGCGGUCACCUGUUUGGCCUCGUGCCAGGGCUAUAACAUGGUUGUCAGUGGGUCCAGGGAUAAGACCUGUAUUAUCUGGGAUCUGAGUCGGUUACAGUUUGUCCGACAGUUAAGGGGUCACUCUGGUCCUGUAGCUGCUGUCUGUAUCAAUGAACUCACAGGGGACAUAGCUUCCUGCUCUGGUACCUACCUGUAUUUGUGGUCCAUUAAUGGGGAGGAGAUAGCCUGUGUCAACACCGCUCCUCCACAGAACAACCAACAGAUCCUGUGUCUGGCUAUGUCACAGAUGUAUGAGUGGGACAGCAAAAAUGUCAUUUUAACAGGAAGUAAGGAUGGUGUAGUCAGGAUGUGGUCGGUAGAAUAUGUUCAAGUGCCAAAAGAGGAGAAAAAGAAUCUCAAAGUUGAAGAGAAAAGCCCAGCUGAAAAUAAACAAAAAUCACCCAAUCAACAUGAUCCUUUCAAAGACAUUCAGUCAGCUGCAGACCGAUUGAAAGCUCUCAAAGAUCUGAAGAUGGAAAAUAAAGAAAUAGAGUUAGGCUCCUCAGUGGAUAGUGAGAGUCACAUGGGUUUACAUGCUGCAGCACAUGCUGCUAUGUUGGAGCAUGAGGACAGUGUAGUCAGCAGUGUCAGUAAUGUGACUCCUCAGAAUGAGGACGUAGUCAGUGUAGACAGUGAGGACCGACUGUCUGUCAAGUCCUCAGAUCCAUCCCUAGAGACGGCCCUCGAGGCAGAGGAGUACCUGAGUAAUUCCUCACAGACGGACCUGGUGAAAGGAGGAUUGACUGAUCGCAGUCAGAGCCAGCCGGACUUCAAGGACUCCCUGAAAGAAACAGACAUCAUGGUCAAGUCCAUGUCAACGGACUUUGAGGUGAUAUCAGACUCUGAAGUGCAAGGAACACCAAAAACAAUGGAGGACUUGUUGAGGAAAUACAAAGGAAAUCCUAGAAAUUACCUCAGAGAAGGCUUUAAAUGGCAGAGACAGCUGAUGUUUAGAAGUAAACUGACCAUGCACACUGCUUUUGAAAGAGAUGACAACAAGGAACCUGCUGUCAUCACAGCAAUAGCCGUGUCUAAGGAUCACCGUACCGUGUAUGUUGGAGAGGACAAAGGUCGUGUUUACAGCUGGACCGUGACAGAUCAGCCAGGUCGAGUGGUCGCGGAUCACUGGAUAAAGGAUGAUGGGGUUGAGAAGUGUCAUUCCUGUUCCGUCAGAUUCUCUUUCUCAGAACGCAAGCAUCACUGUCGUAACUGUGGCAAGGUGUUCUGUUCAAGAUGCAGUCGAUAUGAAACAGAAAUUCGUCGCCUUCGUAUCUUGAAGCCUGUUCGUGUAUGCCAAGCAUGCUACAAUAUAUUGCGGGCCCAGCAAGCUGCAGAUGCAGUUUCACAAAACAAGAUUUGACCAUCAAUAUUCCUGGAAUCUCGGUUUUUGAUCGAAAUAUUUGUCAUUUGUUUAGCAGUGACUGUACUAUUUCUUCACCUUAACUCGAGGGUUCUGUAAACUGUAAAACAACCAUAUACAUGUACCAUUACUACGUGGUGUUCAACAUAUGAGAGGUUAUAUGUUAUUUGUCAUUUAUUCAUGUUUUAGUAUUUAUUGUUCCAGGAGCUAUACUAAGGAUUUGUCAGAUAUUAAUACUGUGUUCUAGUCCCAUUGUGUAUUUAACUUUGUACAUUGUAUGAAGGUAAAUGUUGAUCCUUAGGAGUAUAGCUUUAAAUUCGCCUACAUAGUAGAGACAUGCUUCACUUUGUAGCUGGGUGCUUUACGCAUUGUUAUUUAGGUCAUUGCUUGUUUUUAGGUUGUUAACAAAACAAAAGUGUGUGAACAAUGUGCAGCAUAAAGAUGACUGCAAAAGAUUUUAUUCCAAAUGCUGACUGUGAUAUUUUUAAGUUGUUGUAGCAGGUUUAGUGCACCCCUCAAUGCUUUCAGAAAAGCCCCCAUUUCAAGUUUAUAGAUGCUAAUAUUUGAAAUCAUGCAAUAUACAAGAGUGCAAUAUAAGAACAAAAUUAAUAUUUUAAAGGAAACAUCCUUCCAUGCACCCCCUUCUUUGAAUUAAUAUACAUUAACCCUGUAUCAAAUAUGACAUUGAUUAGAUUAGUUAAAGUUAGAGAACAAACCAUUUUCUUCAUGUUUACAGAAUUAUGUUUCCCUGUUUCAGUGCAGUGUGUUUUUCAGCUUCAUUCAGAUUAUCAAAAUUCUGUCGUAAAUUUAAUGUCCUUUCACAGAUAUCAAUUUAUCAUCGGGUCAUUGUUAUGAUUAUUAUUCUUUUGUUACUGAAACAUCCAUUACAGUUUUGAAGAAUAUUUUGAAACAAGUGAACUAGUAAUUAUAUCAAAAUGUGCAUCAUUAGCAAACAUUCUAGUUAGUUACUAAUUAAUCUGCUAUAUUAUGUAGACUGUUAGUGAAAUAUGAAUGUUAGUAACAGAAUAUGUCAUGUUUUAAAAAAAAAGUGAUGUUAAAGGGGGGCAACUCUUGUACACGAUUAUGUAAACUUUAUGAAAGUUGAACUUCAAGUCUCUUGUCUUCUGUCUAACUUUGUGUGUUUUGUGCUGAGGUCAUUUCAGUCAAUAAAACAGAAAAAUCAA